AUGUCUCCAGCCCGUUUGAACCUUGUCCCACCCAAAAUCCAAGAGGAGGGUUGGUGUAACGUUGCACCCGAGUUCUGGCUAGAGAUCAGUUCAUCAGCAUUUGGAAUGAACAAUGAACUACUCUAUCAAAGACUCAACAAAGCUGGUGUGGAAACUGGAAUUCUCUUUGAUCACAGAGAUGGUGGAAUGAUCUAUCUCUUCUGCCAGACCAAUCUACUAACUGCAUUCUGGGAGCAAACCAAAGCUCAAAUUGCUGCAAACCAGAUUGAACCAAUCCAGCAGCAGAUUGAUGAGUUACACCAGUUGUUCCUCCAGUCAGAGGAUAAUCUUGUAACAAUGUCACGGUUGUUUAGACAUCGAGCUCAACUUCAACCAGGUUGGCAACAUGAGCCAUUCCCCAACGUAUCCUGUUUAGAGGUCCCAUUGAGUUUGGUAGAAGGUGCAGCACAUGGUCCAAACAUCAUCGUCCACUGUGUAGGAGCUGCCAAUGGUUUGAGACUCGAUCUUUCAGAAGUACCCCUCACCUAA